GUCAAAACAAAUGUGUUUAACCAGUUGUAUUUCGCAUUUAUCUGCAAUUCGUUAGGAAAUCUUAUAAACAAAAUAUAUUUCUAUUUAAAUGGAUAACGAACUUCGUAGCAAAGUGGAGUCAUGCUGCCGGACGGCUGAGGAUUUCACAAAACUAUACUACACAUCCUUUGACAAGCGACGGCAUCAUAUGGGUCGCAUGUAUCUCGAUAAUGGUUUGCUGGUUUGGAAUGGCAAUGGCUCGAGCGGUAAAGAUAACAUACAAAAAUAUCUAAUCGAACUACCUACAUCAGAGCACACAAUAACUAACUUGGAUGCACAACCUAUUAUCGAUGACGCUGUGGGCGGUCAGCUGACUUAUAUGAUACAGGCCGGCGGUACUGUACGUUACGCCGAUGAAGGUGUUAGACCUUUUCAGCAAACGUUCAUCAUUACCGCUCAGGAAGAUAAGUGGAAAAUAGCUAGUGAUUGUUAUCGACUACAAGAUGGACUGGCACGUGCGGAAAAUUAGUUUAAGUAUAUUAAGGAAGCAUAUAUUGAGGUUGUACGAACACACUUCACAUUGUAUGCGAAACAAAAGGAAAAAAAUAAUAACACUUGAUGGUCACACUCA